AUGUCUGAAGAUAAAAAACGAGGGGGUGAUGAAGCUGAGCAUGGUGGACCAGGACAGUUUUAUGAACCAUUUGUACAGAAUGAAGAGUUGAUGGACAAACUUAAUCUCUUAGACUGUGGCAAAGAAUUUAUUCGUAAAAAUAAUUUGAAACCAAUCUCAAGACAUUAUUUUGCCAUAGCCACGAAUCCAGGAGAACAGUUUUAUUAUUUUACCUCUAUUGCUGCCUGGUUGUUAAGAAAAUCUGGUAAAUCAUUUGAACAACCACAAGAGUAUGACGAUCCAAAUGCAACAAUUUCAAGUAUCUUAGAUGAGGUCCGGAAAUACAAUUACACCAUAGAUUUUCCCCCAUCUAAAUUAAAACAGGGCUGUGGAGAACAUUGUUUAUAUGUUUUACAGAGACUAGCUGAUGAAGCUAUCAAAUAUUCCAACUUUAAAUGGCGCAAACCAGUGUACCCAGAAGAAGAAGCUGAAGAACAACAUGUGAUAGAAGAUGAUACAGAAUUAACUUUAAAUCGGGUUGAUGAUACACCAGGGGUUAGUAGUAUUUCAGAUAUAAAACCCUCAUCAGGACAGCUACAGAUGGAAUCAUCUAAACCAGAAGAAAUUCUGCAGUCUACAACUGAUGCUGCAGAUUGGAAACUGGAAGUAGAAAGAGUGAUGCCACAGUUAAAAGUUACCAUCAGAACAGAUAAUAAGGACUGGAGAGUUCAUCUAGAUCAGAUGCAUCAACAUAAAGAUGGUAUAGAAACAUCACUGACAGAAACUAAAUCAUAUUUAGACAAGUUACAUGAUGAGAUCAGCCGAACCUUGGAGAAAAUUGGCAGCCGUGAGAAAUAUUUAAAUAACCAAUUAGAACAUUUGUUACAUGAUUUCCGUAAUGUCCAGGAACAGUUAUCAGAAUCUAAAGAAAAAUAUCGACAAGCUAGUGGUGGUGUUACAGAAAGAUCUCGAAUUUUAGCAGAGGUGACAGAAGAAUUAGAGAAGAUUAAAUCAGAAAUGGAAGAUAGGGGAAGCAGUAUGACUGAUGGAGCCCCAUUGGUUAAAAUCAAGCAAGCUAUCUCAUCAUUAAAGAAAGAGUCAACCCAGAUGGACAUCAGAAUAGGAGUAGUGGAGCAUGUUUUAUUACAGGCUAAACUUAAAGACAAGGCUACCCAGAGCAAACAGACCCAUGAUAUUUAG